AUGACCAGGGACAGCGCCAGUGUCUCCCUUCCUCUUUCUCAUCCGCAGGCCGUCAGUGCCCAGAUGCCCGAGUCCCGGAGGCCGCAGUACCUGGAGCUGCGCCCCGCCGCCCGAGGGGGCGCCACCGGUCAGCAGCUCCCCGCGCCGAGCUCGCCCGACGGCCUGGCCGCGGCCCGCGCCUGGAGCUGGGCCUGGCCUGCUAACCACACGGGGGCGCUGUCCCGGGCCGCAGGGGCGGGGGCGCUGCCGGCCGCGCGCAGUAAGCGGAAGCCGUCCAUCAAAGCGGCCCGCACCAAGAAGAUCUUCGGCUGGGGGGACUUCUACUUCCGGGUGCACACCCUCAAGUUCUCGCUGCUGGUGACCGGCAAGAUAGUGGACCAUGUGAACGGUACCUUCAGCGUGUACUUCCGCCACAACUCGUCCAGUCUGGGCAACCUCAGCGUCAGCAUCGUGCCUCCCUCCAAGCGUGUCGAGUUCGGAGGCGUCUGGCUGCCGGGGCCCGCCCCCCACCCUUUACAGUCUACACUGGCCCUAGAGGGGGUGCUCCCGGGGCUGGGGCCCCCGCUGGGGAUGGCUGCGGCACCGGGGUUAGGGGGCACCCUCGGGGGCGCGCUGGCGGGCCCACUUGGGGGCGCGUUGGGAGUCCCGGGGCCCAAAGAGUCCCGCACUUUCAAUUGCCACGUGGAGUAUGAGAAGACAAACCGUGCGCGCAAGCACCGCCCGUGCCUGUACGACCCGUCGCAGGUGUGCUUUACGGAGCACACGCAGAGCCAGGCCGCCUGGCUCUGUGCCAAGCCCUUCAAAGUCAUCUGCAUCUUCGUCUCCUUCCUCAGCUUCGACUACAAACUGGUGCAGAAAGUGUGCCCAGAUUAUAACUUCCAGAGCGAGCACCCCUACUUUGGGUAGCCCUCUCCACCCCUCUCCCCCAUUGUGUCCCUGAGCUUCCUGCCAAAUCCCAGCCUUGCCUGGUGGGCCCACCCUCACCCCUCCCCACCCCCUCCCCAGCUUGAGCCCCACCCUCGCCCUCUCCAGUGGCUGUGUGGACCCCAUUCUUUUGAGGGGCUGAGGAGAACAGCCCUCCUGCCUCCUGGGAAACAUCAGGAAACAUUCUUUUCAAGAGUGCUCACAAAGCUGAGGCCAGCUGCCUCAGGUAUACCCCAAAGUAGAGGGGCAUGAACGCAGCAACUCCAGGGUAGGCAGGGCCUGGAGGUGGUCCUAGGUCCCCUUCUUUGAUGCGUGGUACCCUUUGCGCCUCUGGAGCUGGGCUGGGCGAUUCUUUUGCCCUCGGCUCUAAUAACGCUUGGCCUGGCAUCCCCGUUCCCCUUUCUUACCCUCCAGUGCUUGUCAGCCCGCUUCACCCAGCCACACACCCCUCCGUAAAGACAGGCCAUUUAUAAACCCCGGCCUACACCCACCCCUUCUGCCUGCCCGGCUGUAUGGGCAUGGCCAGUUGUAUGCCUGUCCUCCAUGCCACCCAUACCCUGUCGGUGCGGAGGCCUUGCCCUCUGCCCUCUCUCUGUCCUCGUCCUGCAGCAGCGCAGUUCCGACUGCCCAUCUCCAGCUGCCCCCUCUUGGAGAUACUUUUUCUACGCCAGAACAGUCGGGAAAGGGAAUAAAAGAAAGUAACAUCCA